AUGUUUAAAAAGAAACGUGAAGUAAGAAUAUUUCCUUUGAUCGUAGUCUUAAAUUAAAAAAAAGUUCUUUUUCCAACGAAUAGUGACGUCAUGAAGUUGCAAUGUCGACUCCUAUGAUUCAACCGUUGCCUCGAGUUUGCUAUCGAUACGUUCCCUUCAUUCGAUUCUUAAAACUAGCGAAACUUAUUUUCAACUGCUGGUAAAACUUCGAAAACAUUGUUACCAAGGAGUUUUCUGUUAUUGGAAUAUCGCACGAGUUACAUGCUUUACCAGUGAAGAACAAAAUUUGCGCAUCUAAAUCCAAUGGAUUAAAUAUCUCGAAAUAGGUUCGUUAUUUAAUCGACAGAUCAAUGUUUGUUAUACGUACUCACCGUGCGAUGUAUUCUCGAAAGUGAAUCGUAAAGCUUCCCUUUUCUUUCUUACGACCAUUGAAACGGUUAUUUACACCGAACAUGGUAUUCUAUACUCUUUUUUUUACGUCACGUUUAAUGCUAUAUCGGCCUCCUUUUCGGAGUAUCACCACCUUCUUGUCUCUCGCGUGAAACUUCGCCGUCCAUCUUUGUUCGACUGACGCCAACGUCAAGCCACUAGCGAUACAGUAUUUCGCUGAAUGUUCAGUGUUAUACUGGCUACGUGUUGGAACGGACGUUUGUGCAUACAAGUGCAAGUGAGAUUUUUCACGGUAAGCUUUCCACCGUUUGUUAAUAUAUAUCGCGUUUGUUUGAAAAUUCGCGGUCUGAUUACCUGUACGUGACAGGCAGGUAACAGUGCAAAGCGGUGUGAGGCGUGGAAACGAACGACGCAGUUACGAUUCGUCUGUGAUUUGUCAAGGUCACUCGUGAUUGAAAGAUCACAAAAUUGAAUGCCACCAAUGUUUCCGAGUGUCGUGUAUCUAAAUUGACAGCAAUCUAGUACGAUUUUUAUACGUGGCCGAGAAAUACACGCGUCAUUUGUUAUUGCGGAAUUCAGUCCGGAGUUGAGGUUAGGUAUGUACUCUGUAUGACGAGUGAGGUUAGAAAGCGCGAGACAAGGACAGACGAGGAAAGAGACACUUGCUUGACAGGUUAUUUACAGACUACAAUUCCUGGUUAAAUAUGAAAUCUAGUUAUUUCCGUUAUUCGUUCCUGCGAUUCAAAUUAAAAUUAACGUUGAAGUUAAUUUGAUAUAAAUGAUUAUCGUUUCUUUCGUUUUAUUACUUCAAUUAAAAUUAUAAUGAAAUCAUUAAAAGAUGCAUACUCGUGGCAUUUCCGACGUUAAACUCUACAAAAUGUUGCGUAGCAUGGCUGCAGAAUUCUCUUUGACCUUUUUCUAUGUACGUUAUUUUUAAAUCAAUGCACGUUGUUGUUUAAUCAAUAUUUUAACACUGAAAGCGACACGAUGUUACAAGCAGUAUUAAUGACAUCUACAUAUAAAGUUAUAUUAUGAAACGAAAAAUAUUUUUCAUUCUAGAGAAUGUUGUCCAGUUCUACACUGGCUGCCCUAUUGGGGACAAUCCUACUUACUUCUUCGAUUCCCGAUGCAGCCUCCUACACCAGUAAGUAAACAUUUAAUACUUUUGAAGUAGAACAUCCGAACAAAGUUAACUUUUUAGUUAAGAUCUUUUAAACGAACGGUUAAGACACUCUGACUACUUUUUAUUAAUAAAUUAAGCUUCAAUUGAGAUGAUAAUUUUAUAAUUUCUGCAACAUCUGUUUGAAUUGUUAAUUAAUAAACGUAGUAUUAUAAGCCAGCUUAAUUCGUGGUGUUUGCAAUUCAAUUGCUAUGGCCAAUCGUUUCGCUUGAUCGGGAUUAAGUGGACUUAAUGGAAACAAAUGAUCGUUUUUAAUCUCUAACUCGACUAAUGUAAUUACAUCGACCUUCGCCGUAAUCGUCGACUUUGUCCUUUUCCGUUUCCUAAUCUUGUUAAAUAAAGGAGAGGAAAGGAGCUAAGAGAUUUAAUGGGAACUGCAUUCGAUCCUAGACUUCAUUAUUUAUAAUCGUUUAUAUCUUAUAUUUGGUUCUAUUCCUGUUCUAAUCCUUAAACUUAAACUUCUCCGAAUUGAAUUAGAUUAGGUUUGUCAACAAGAAAAUUCUAUGUGCGUCUCGGGAAUAUUUCACAACUCUUGUUUGUGGGAAUAAUCUUCUAUUUGAGACUUUACGUAAUCAAUCAACGCUUGUUAGAAGCCAUGAACAAACAUCUUUUCCUAGAUUUUAUUCGUUUAUUUCCCAGAGAAUUUGUCAGAGAAUUAACAAAAAUAUCUCGUUAAUUACUGUCGCUAUAUCAACUCUUUUAUCAAAUAGUUUAGAAUUUGAAACUUAGAUACUUAGUACUAGAUACUUAGUACUAGAUAAUCAGUACUAAGUACUUAGUACUAGAUACUUAGUACUUACUACUUGGUACUAGAUACUUAGUACUUAGUACUCUGAAACUUAGAUACUUAGAAACUUAGAUACUUAUAGCAAUGGAAUAGGGGAAGCACUAGAUACUUAGCACCAAAUACUUAGUAUUAGAUAACCAGUACUAAGUACUUAGUACUAGAUACUUAGUAAUUAGUACUUAGUACUUAGUAUUUAGUUCUUAGUACUUAGUACUAAGAUACUUAGUACUAGAUACUUAGUACUAAACACCUAGUACAAGAUACUUAGUACUAGAUACUUAGUACUUAGUAUAAGAUACUUAGUACUAAAUACUUAGUACUUAGUAUAAGAUACUUAGUACUAGAUACUUAGUACUAAAUACUUAGUACUUAGUUCUUAGUACUUAGUACUUAGUACUAGAUACUUAGUACUCUGAAACUUAGAUACUUAUAGCAAUGGAAUAGGGGAAUUAAUGGGAAUAUUUUCCAUUAAUUUUCAAAAGUGGAAAAACUUUGUCUCCCAAAGUUAAAAAAGCUUAAUUUUUUGUAAGGACAUACUUGGUCGAAGCGAUUCCUAUAUUCUUCCAGAGCUUGUUUCUUAAUUUUUCUACAAAAAUGUCAGUGUAAAAUGAAUUGUAAUUAUCGUGAAGUAUUCUCAAAUGGCUUAAAAAUGUAUUGAGAUUAAAACUUUUUUUUUUUUUUUUUAUUAAACUUGAUUCAGUUAAUAUUAUACAUCAAAUGUCGUCAAAAAUAUGUUGUCAACGUAUCGUCAUUAUUUGAUCAGGGUUUUUCAAUGCGUUUGACCAAAUCGAUCUCCACGGAAAGUCCAUUCGAUAGUCAUCUCUUUCGACGUAUCUCUUUUCAUAAUCGCAAUUAUCACACAACAUCGCUUGGGAAUCAUUUUACUAGCUGGCUCAAAAUCGAUUCUUCCUGUGAUAACAAUUGUUCGUCUUAUCACGUAAGAUAUAUAUAUAUAUAGAGAGAGAGAGAGAGAGAAAGAGAGAGAGAGAGAAUUUCAGAAUCGUUUCACAGCGUGUAUAAUAGCCCUCAUUGUUUUCACGAUUCUUUCGUCCUUCCGUUUAUUCUCGGAUAUGAUGAACGUUUAAGGACAAUUAGAGGGAGAAUCAUUAGCCUAGUUUUAAUAUUCCUUUUCGAGCAGCGCGCACCCUUUUAUUCCCACCCCAACACGUAGGCAAAGCUGGAUAACACGAAACUGGGCGUUAACUCGGCAGCUGCCUCGCUUUCCCUCUCUUCUCCUUUUCCAUCCUCUUUCCCUCGCUGCUGGGAUAAUUGAGAAUCGAUGGGGUUAUAUGGGGGAUGACGCUGUGGUGCUUGAAUAGAAUUACGAUUAGCAGCGUUACGCCAAUGCGAGGCUUUGGAUUGGAUAACGUCAGGCAAAUGUGCGCUGGAAAGUUAUAUUUUCGCUGCAGGGAACUUCCCCUCUAAUUCCCGUAUUUACCAAAUACGGAAACGCCAGUUUUUUUCUCCCUCCCCUUCCGACAGAAGUCAAAUCGAAAACGGCGCUCGUGCACUCGGAGGAUUUGAAAAUUUGUCGGAUCAUCCAUCGACGAAAGGCAUCGACAUUUUAUAGAUGAAUUUUUUUAAGCGUUGAUCGGCCAUUUAUUUGCUUAGCUCGACAAUCUAGUCGAACGGAUAAUAUCGAUUUGUAUUGCAAACACAACGCAAUUGCAAACAACAUCCAAUAACGCAAAUGCAUAUGUCAUUAUCAAUUGCGAUCGACAUAUGCGAAUAUAGGUGUUUGGUUAUUUAUCAACUUUAGUUACUGAACAUCAGGUUUCAGGCCUAAGCUACUCAGCUUGCUUAGUUUCUGUCCGAAGUAGUUUUAGUGGAACUUGGCGCAGGCCGAGAGAUAUUGAGUUAAAGUCACUUGAAUGUAAAUAUACUUACUCCCUUUAAUAGUUCCUACGUUACAUUGCGCCCGGUAUAAGCGCGUGUGUUCUUAAAGCAAGUUUUAACAGUUAUCCGUGCGAGGCAACUACAUCAACGUCACCAGCAACGUAUCAGUGUAAAACAGUCUGAAGAGUAGCACUUUGCUUUCAGUUUCAAUCAGAUAGACCCUGUCUGUGAUAAAUAUGUAGUUACAUAAUUACGCGUUGUGUUGAUGAACGUUGAAGUUUCUUCGUUUUUUUCACGGGUCACCGAUAUAACGUAAACGACGAUUAUACGGACAAAGAUCAGUUUCGAAGCUCCGUCUUAGAAAUAGAUGACGUGGAAAAGUUCCGGAAAUAUGCUUCGCUGGCAGCUCGAUAUAAAAAUAUAUAAUAAUAACAGUGUGAUUUCUCGGUCGUACGUCGUUUGCGCGUAGACUCGUCGCGCCUGUGGAAAUUAAAGCUUUCGAAUGAGCCGUUUGAUCAGAUGAGUAUCAAAGUAUAUCUCGGAUAUAAAUUCCAUUUAUUACACUUGCUGCUUGCUUAAAGCGAACUUUUAAUGAGCCGUAUCCAAUCGCGGGCAAUCAUGGCAUAUUACUCGAACUUUUGCCACUAAACGAAAACUCACGGUGACCCCCUGGUUCGCAGAGUAUGGAAGAACAUGCAAGGACAUCGGCUGCAGAAGGGACGAGGUCUGCGUGAUGGCCGAGGAUCCCUGUUCAAUCUACCAACGAGAUAACUGUGGUCGUUAUCCGACCUGUGCAAAAGCUCAUCCAGGCGUGUAUCCAACACGGACGGCAGGAAAGAUUAGACCAACCCCUCCACCCACCCCUCCACCGAGGUCUUCUUCUUUCAACGGGUACGGUGGAAGAGUCAGUGGUAAUUCGGGAUCCAGAAACACCAUCGGGAAUGGUUCUAUCUUUAGCCGUUUGUUUGGCAAUGAUCGUUACGGCGCGACUACACCUAGGAGUCGCGCUCACCAAGGUGCUAGUGGCUAUUACGAUAGCCACACCUCUGUCGAUGAUCAGGGAAAUCGAAUUUGGAGAUUCUCCGGCUAAAUGGACCUGGUCUUGUCGACUUGACUCACCUUUUACGUUUAGAUUUAAACUUUGGUUGUCACACGUUGUCUUCUGUGUCAGGAAGCUGCAGUUAUUUCGCGAGAAGAACGUCGUAGAAUCAUGGGAGAUAUUACACGUCAGAGGACAGAGAAGUCACUUGUUUUCGAAUUGCAUUCCUCCGAUCGUACUCGAUCUUUUAUUUGACGACGCAAGUGAUUGAUAAAUGAUGAACUAGUUUCAUUCUGCUGAUUAUUUACUGUUUCACGAGCGUCUUAUCGCGAAUAACUGCGGUUUCUUUCAUUACAGUGCCAUGUCACGGCUGCGUGACUUAUAUAAUGGAUGUACUUAUUAAGAACUAAGAUGUACUUAUCAAGCGUUUGAAAUAUUUGUCCAUUGUAACAAACAGAUGUAAUAAAUAUACGUAAUUCUUCAGCACUAAGGGGCGUUCCUAAUUUCAGCAAUUCUGCGAUUACCUUCUAAGACGAUACGUCGUUGCAGCAACGAGUUGCCAAUGAAACGAACGUACAAAACAAACGACAAUUGCAUUGUCUGGGCACGCAUUCAGAGAAUCGAAACAUCUACAUAAAUCAUUCAUCGCAACAGCAUAUACUGCAGUCGGUACUUUAACACGUUUAACAAACGGAAGAAUGGAAAAUUGUACGAAAUUGCAUGAUUGAGUGACGCCGUUGCAUAGGCCAGCUUUCAAAGUGUACCACCAGGAAACGAAUGCGAUCGAGACGUGAUAUGUAACAAUUCAGUCGCGCAAGUAACAAACACGCAGGAUAUCAAAAAUACAUUUACACCGUGCCGUGUAGCUUAAUUAAACAUACUAAAACCGAGACAGACAGUACAUCUGGCUCGAACAAUUGUCAGCAAUGAUCACUUGCUGCUGCUGCUUCAGCAACAGCAGAAUCUCUCAGAAUAACAAUUGAGUCAGAUCAGACUCGUGGCAUGGCAUGGGGGUGAGCGUGAGUCGGUACAGAAUAAUUCUAAUCAAUUAGGAGGUAGAUAACGAACUGUUCGCAGAGGU